AUGUCUACCAAUUCAAAUGAAAAAACUUUGUCUCAUUUAAUAGGUGGAUUUGUAGGCGGUUUAACGUCUGCAUUAGUUUUGCAACCAUUCGACUUACUAAAAACAAGAGUUCAACAGACUGGAACAACAACAAUCUCAGAAUGUAUCAAAAAUAUAAAUCAUCCUUUAGAACUAUGGAGAGGCUCAUUGCCCUCAUGCUUAAGAACUUCUAUAGGAAGUGGUUUAUACUUGUCUUCCUUACAUUUAGUUAGAUCCACGCUAGCCAAAACUAAACAAUCGACAUCAAAGGGCAGCAGCAGCACCGCUUUAACAAAUAUCAACAUUAAUAAGAGUAGCAAUCUACCGAAAUUAUCACCUCAAGAAAAUUUAUUAUCAGGUGCAGUGACAAGAGCAAUUGUUGGUUUAUUUACUAUGCCAAUAACUGUUAUCAAAGUCAGGUUUGAAUCCACAUUGUACAAUUAUAAAACAAUUAAUGAGGCGAUUCGAGAUAUCAAUAGCAAACAAGGUAUAAAUGGGUUUUUUAAGGGAGUCGGUCCUACUGUAGCAAGAGACGCUCCCUAUGCAGGGUUGUACGUUUUGUUGUAUGAAAAUUGUAAAACUUUUUUACCAAACUAUAUCCUUUCCAGCAAUAAUAAGGUUGAUAUAACUACUGGCAAAUUCACUACUCCCGUGUCUACCUUAAUAAAUGCAUCUUCAGCAAUAAUAGCAGCAACUUUAGCAACGACAUUUACUUCGCCUUUUGAUACAAUAAAAACUAGGAUGCAAUUGGAACCUAAGCUAAACAAAACUUUCCUGAGUACUACUUUAAAUAUUAUAAAGAAUGAACAUUUAUCAAAUUUAUUUGAUGGUCUAUCUUUAAGGUUGAUCAGAAAAUCAUUAAGUGCGGGCAUAGCAUGGGGCAUUUAUGAGGAGUUAAUUAAAAGAUUUAUGGCCUAA